AUGCCGCUGCAUCCCACAGUAUUUGGAAGUAUAUGUAUGCCAAAUGAAUACAUUUGCUUUUGUGGAAAACGUGUAACACCUUUUCUAAACAUUUACGUCCCUUGUUGCAACAAGUGGGCUCAUCGUCAUUGUUUACAGUUUUGGGCAUAUUCAUCUGCUUCACUUGUGUCAUGUCCUAUGUGCAAAAACACUGAUGAUUUUUGUGCAGAAUUGAGAAAUAUUGGGAUUUAUAUUCCCGAACAAGAUGCUUCUUGGGAAUUCAAUAAUGCUUUUAACUACUUAUACCAAAAGAAAAAGCAGUGUAUUGCUGAUGUAUGUAAACAUUCAAAAUCUCGCAGUUUUUCUAGAGAAAAUAGAUUAUUAGAUGAAUAG